AUGUUAAAGUUUUGUCUGGAACUUGCAGACAAAUGUAUAAUGUUAGGGAACAGAGACGAGAGAUACAUUUCCCAGAAAUCCUGGAUAGAAAACACUUUCACCAAGAGGGAAUGUGUGUAUAUUAUACCAAGUUCAAAGGACCCUCACAGAUGCCUUCCGGGAUGUCAGAUUUGUCAACAACUUGUCAGGUGCUGCUGCGGUCGCUUGGUCAGGCAACAUGCUUGCUUUACUGCAAGCCUUGCCGUGAAAUAUUCAGAUGUCAAACUAAGUGAAAACUUCAAUCAAGAAAUAGAAGAAUGGUCAGUGGGAAAACACACAGAACAGAGUUCAACUGAUGCUUAUGGUGUUAUUAACUUUCAAGGUGGCUCUCAUUCAUACAGAGCAAAGUAUGUGAGAUUGUCUUAUGACACUAAGCCUGAAGCCAUUCUACAACUUCUUCUUAAAGAAUGGCAAAUGGAGCUGCCAAAGCUUGUUAUCUCUGUACAUGGGGGGAUGCAGAAAUUUGAACUCCAUCCACGCAUCAAACAGUUGCUUGGUAAAGGUCUUAUUAAAGCUGCAGUAACAACAGGUGCCUGGAUUAUAACUGGAGGAGUAAACACAGGUGUUGCAAAACAUGUUGGUGAUGCCCUGAAAGAACAUGCUUCCAGAUCAUCUCGAAAGAUUUGCACUAUUGGGAUAGCCCCAUGGGGAGUGAUUGAAAACAGAAAUGACCUCAUUGGAAGAGAUGUUGUUGCUCCAUAUCAAACUCUGUUAAACCCUCUAAGUAAACUAAAUGUCCUAAAUAAUCUACAUUCCCAUUUCAUACUGGUGGAUGAUGGAACAGUUGGAAAGUAUGGAGCAGAAAUUAACUUGCGAAGAGAACUGGAAAAAACUAUCAAUUUGCAGCGAAUCCAUGCAAGAAUUGGCCAGGGUGUCCCUGUGGUAGCACUGAUAUUUGAAGGUGGUCCUAAUGUUAUCCUCACAGUUUUGGAAUACCUUCAAGAAAGUCCUCCUGUGCCAGUAGUAGUAUGUGAGGGAACUGGCAGAGCUGCAGACAUACUGGCAUAUGUUCAUAAGCAAACAGAAGAGGGAGGAAAUAUGCCUGAUGGAGCAGAACCAGAAAUCAUUUCAACCAUCAAAAAGACAUUUAACUUUGGUCAGAGUGAGGCAGUUCACCUGUUUCAGACGUUAUUGGAAUGCAUGAAAAAAAAAGAACUUAUUACCGUAUUCCAUAUUGGGUCAGAUGAACACCAAGAUAUUGAUGUUGCAAUACUUACAGCACUGCUAAAAGGUACAAAUGCUUCUGCAUUUGACCAGCUUGUCCUUACACUGGCGUGGGACAGAGUUGAUAUUGCCAAAAAUUAUGUUUUUGUUUAUGGACAACAGUGGCUGGUUGGAUCACUGGAACAGGCUAUGUUAGAUGCCUUGGUGAUGGAUCGAGUUGCAUUUGUGAAACUUCUUAUUGAAAAUGGAGUAAGCAUGCACAAGUUCCUUACAAUUCCCAGGCUGGAAGAACUUUAUAACACAGGAAACCUUCCUCCAGGAUAUAAAAUCAACCUGAUUGAUGUUGGGCUUGUUAUUGAAUAUUUGAUGGGGGGAACCUACAGAUGCACCUAUACGCGAAAACGCUUUAGAGUCAUAUACAACAGUCUCAGUGGGAACAGUCGGCGGUCUGGGCGUAAUCCAUCAGGUAACACUCCUCAGCUACGUAAAAGCCAUGACCCUUUUGGUAAUAGGGCAGAUAAAAAAGAGAAAAUGCGACAUAAUCAUUUCAUCAAAACUGCACAACCUUACAAACCAAAGAUUGAUACAACUGCAGAAGAAGGAAAAAAGAAAAGAACCAAAGAUGAAGUUGUAGACAUUGAUGAUCCUGAAACUAAACGCUUUCCUUAUCCUCUUAAUGAACUCUUACUUUGGGCAGUGUUAAUGAAGAGACAGAAAAUGGCCCUCUUCUUCUGGCAGCAUGGUGAAGAGUCCAUGGCUAAAGCCUUAGUUGCCUGCAAAGUGUAUCGUUCAAUGGCAUAUGAGGCAAAACAAAGUGACCUUGUUGAUGAUACCUCGGAAGAACUGAAACAGUACUCCAAUGAGUUUGGACAACUUGCAGUUGAACUACUAGAACAGUCCUUCCGACAAGAUGAAACCAUGGCUAUGAAGUUAUUAACCUAUGAGCUGAAAAACUGGAGUAAUUCAACCUGUCUUAAGCUAGCAGUGUCGUCAAGACUCCGACCAUUUGUGGCUCAUACUUGUACACAGAUGUUGUUAUCUGAUAUGUGGAUGGGAAGACUAAACAUGAGGAAGAAUUCAUGGUACAAGGUGAUACUGAGCAUCUUACUCCCCCCUGCCAUAUUAAUGCUGGAAUAUAAAACCAAGGCAGAAAUGUCUCAUAUUCCACAGUCUCAAGAUGCACACCAGAUGACAAUGGAAGACAGUGAAAACAAUUUCCAGAACACAGCAGAAGAGAUACCUAUGGAAGUAUUUAAAGAAGUAAGGAUCUUGGACAGUACUGACGGGAAACAUGACAUGGAGAUGCCAACAAAACCUAAGCGACUUCCAAUUACACGAAAGUUUUAUGCAUUUUAUCAUGCACCAAUUGUGAAAUUCUGGUUCAAUACGUUGGCAUACUUGGGAUUUCUGAUGCUUUACACAUAUGUAGUCCUUGUAAAAAUGAAAGGAGUACCGUCAGUUCAAGAAUGGAUUGUUAUAGCUUAUAUUUUUACAUCUGCUAUUGAGAAGAUUCGUGAGGUAUGUUUGUAAUCUUAAUUAUGUUCUAGAUUACUUCACUGAUGUCAAGUAUAGCAGUAUGCUUUAAAUUAUCUUUAUCAGAUAAUGAUGUAUAUCAAAAGUAUUAUAGUGCAUAUAUUAUUUUAUCAUAUAAAAGUUAUGACCAUUUCCUUAAUGUAACACAUAAUUUACUACAAUAAUCAAAUCCCUUGUCACUCAAAAAGGCCAAUGGAUUUGGGUAAGGUAUAUUUUAAGUAAACAUGUUGAAGUACCAUUUAAAAAAUAUGAAAAAGAAAUGAUCUUUCAGCAUUGGUCCAGAAAUAAUUUUGUUCUGCAAGUGGUAACAGCAGAGCUGAGACUUUAAAAAAAAA